AUGGCAGCUCUAAAGUACGCUGGCAUGGACGAUACAGACAGUGACGACGAGCUUCCCCCAGGAUGGGAGGAAAGGUCCACGAAAGAUGGUUGGGUCUACUAUGCAAACCACGAAGAGAUGAAGACACAGUGGGAGCAUCCCAAGACCGGAAAGAAAAAACGCUGUGCUGGAGAUUUGCCUUAUGGCUGGGAGCAGGAGACAGAUGAGAAAGGACAGAUCAUUUACGUUGAUCACAUUAACAAGCGGACCACAUACUUUGACCCGCGCCAGGCAUUUACAGUGGAGGAUGUAUUGGUGAAGCCGAAACGCUACGAUGGAAACACUGCUGCUUUGGAGAUUCUGCAGGGUCGGGACCUUUCUGACAAAGUCAUCCUCAUUACAGGGGGCAACUCUGGCAUU